AAUAGAGUACCUCACACAAGAGGCGAUCCAGUGGCGUGCGUUAAACCACAGAGCUAUAGCUAUCCCAUAUUUGGUACUAGAGUAGAGUUUGAGCUAAUAUCUAUUUGAAUGGGUGACGAGGCGUCCCCGACGACGCCGCCGGCACCACUGUAUCUCGAUGGCUGUCCGGGGUGCGCCAUGGAACGGAAGAAGGCGAGCAGCAAGGGCAUCCCCUACAAGGAGUUGUUCUUCGUCGCCGUCACCACCAUUGCCUCUGCUUUGCCAAUAUCGUCCCUGUUUCCCUUCUUAUACUUCAUGAUUGAAGAUCUGCACGUGGCCAAAACAGAACAAGAUAUUGGACUGUAUGCUGGUUUUCUUGGUGCAUCUUACUUUAUUGGUCGAUUUUUUGCCUCGCUGUUCUGGGGUGUAGUGGCUGAUCGCAUUGGAAGAAAGCCAAUCAUUAUAUUUUCAGUCGCUUCAGUGGUCAUAUUCAACACUCUGUUUGGAUUUAGUGUAAAGUAUUGGAUGGCAAUUACCACAAGAUUGCUUUUAGGUGCUCUCAAUGGCAUGCUUGCACCAAUAAAGGCUUACUCAAUAGAGAUUUGUCGACCGGAACACCAAGCGCUUGGAUUAUCAAUUGUAAGCACUGCUUGGGGCUUGGGUCUUAUUGUUGGCCCAUCCAUUGGAGGCUACUUGGCACAGCCUGCACGGCAAUAUCCAAACAUAUUCUCUGAGAAAUCAGUUUUUGGGAGGUUCCCGUAUCUCCUGCCAAACCUAAGCAUUUCCAUCUUUUCUGCUGUUGUUCUAGUAAGCUGCAUAUGGUUACCGGAGACACUUCAUACGCACAAGAUUAUGGACAAUGAAGCAGAAAUGUCUGGAGAUUCAAGGACUCUGCAAACAGAAGAUAUACAUCCAGACAAGAGUCUAUAUAAGAACUGGCCAUUGAUGUCUUCCAUCAGUGCAUACUGUGUUUUCACGCUUCAAGAAACCGCAUACACUGAGAUACUUUCCUUGUGGACCGUAAGUGACAGAAAGUAUGGUGGGCUAAGCUUUUCUUCUAAGGAAAUUGGACAAGUUCUUGCAAUUGCAGGUGCUGGACUUAUUGUGUAUCAAAUAUUCAUCUACAGACCGGUCCACAAAUAUCUUGGAAGUGUAAAUUCAUGCCGUGCUGCAUCUGCCCUAUCCGUACCACUUAUCGCUGCUUUUCCCUUCAUGACACACCUGUCAGGACUAAAACUUGGACUAGCUCUUUAUUUUGCUACUACGUUUAAAGCUGCUCUUGGGACAACUACGCUGACAAGCACUUCACUUCUUCAGAACUAUGCUGUGCCACAACAUCAAAGAGGCGCCGCAAAUGGCAUAGCGACGACUGCAAUGUCCUUCUUUAAGGCUAUUGGUCCAGCAGGAGCAGGCGCUUUAUUCUCAUGGACCCAAAAACGACAAGAUGCUGCCUUCUUUCCAGGGGAUCACAUGUUGUUCUUAAUUCUGAAUGUGCUCCAAUGUAUUGGGCUGGUGCUGACCUUUAAGCCAUUCCUAGCAGUACCGAAACACCUUAAGUGAUAGCUGCUGAACCCAAGCAGUGGAAUAAUGGUGGAUUAGCAAAACACACAUGUGCCAGAAAAUAUAUUUUUGAGUGGCAUACAACAGGAUCAUGUACAAGCAAGAGCUUAUAUGUGUCAAGAAAAAAUAGCCAUAAUGAUUUGAGUGUGCUAUAUAUUUACAUCUCCUUAAAUUAAAGUUC